CUCAACCACCACCAUGCUCCGCGCCAUCCUCUACCUCGCGACCCUGUUCGCCGUCGCCACCUCGACCUGCGCGCUGCCCAUCCCCUCCUUCGCGGGCCCCCUCGACCUCCUCCCCUUCAAGGCGUCGCUCGGCAACAACCCGCAGCGCGACUUUGGUCUCCCGCGCGCCCCGGCACCCCUCCGCAUCGUCGAGGACGACGACGAGCACGUCCACGGCGCCCACCUGAGCGCCUCGACGUCGUCGACCGGCCGCCCGACCUCGCACGCCUCGCUGCACGCCCUCGUCGCCGAGCCGACCGCGCUCGCCGCGCCCGUCCCGAGCGCACACGGUCGCAAGGCCGCCGACGUCGACGACGACAGCAUCUUCAGCGACGCCAUCUACUUUGAGCCGAGCGCCGGCCCCGCCGCCGCCUCGGCGAGCUCGGUCGCGCAGGACAAGGCCGUCGAGGCGGAGCGCGUGCGGCAACUCGAGCGCGAGGGCUGGACCAAGGUCGCCAAGCGGGAGCUUGGGCAGCUCAAGGCGGCGUCGAAGCGUGCCCAGCAGCUGCGCGCUCGCACCGCCGCCGUCGCUGCCGCCGCUGUCGCCUACCCGGCCUGA